AUGGCAACAUCAACACUCGCAAUCCCAGGCCAGCUGCUCGGCCCAGCCUCAAAAUACAAGCCCGGCCCGGGCGUGCACCUCUACGAAGCAAAUCUCUACAGCUCCCUCCUAGGCACCGUGACGAUCGCCCAGCCUGCCUCCCAGUCCUCCGCCGCCGGCAGCCAGGGGCCCGCGAAGCGCAUCACGAGGAUCACGCAGAACCUCCCGUCCAGGGCAGCAGCAGGGUCACCGGCCGAGCUGCCCACGAUAUCAGUGUCGCGCGGGGCAGGCGCCGGCGGCGUCGGCUUCGGAGGGGCAGGAGCAGGAGGAGGCAGCAAGAAGCAGCGUGAGGUCCUGCCACAGGUGGGCAACACGGUGCUGUGCCGCGUGACGCGCAUCACGCCGCGCCAGGCCGUCGUCGCUAUCCUGGUCUGCGGCGACACGGUCCUCGAGGCCGAGUGGCAGGGCGUCAUCCGCGUCCAGGACGUGCGCGCCACCGAGAAGGACCGCGUCAAGGUCUAUGAGAGCUUCAGGCCGGGCGAUAUCGUGCGCGCAUCGGUGAUUUCCCUCGGUGACCAAGCGAACUACUACCUGUCCACGGCGAGUAAUGAGCUCGGUGUGAUCAUGGCCGUCAGCGAGGCUGGCAAUGCCAUGUACCCUGUCACAUGGAAGGAGUACAAGGACCCUGAGACGGGGCUGAGUGAAAGUCGCAAGGUCGCGAAGCCAUUCUAA